CUUCCGGCGGCUCCUCCCGCCGUUUUCUUCAGCCCUGAACAGGGCUCUCGCGGUCCUUAGAAGGUGACCGUUGUAUGGCGACCCCAGAGGCGGCGCCCCCUGGGGCUGAGGGUGCGGGGCCUGAGCCCUGGGCGGCCCUUGAGGCCCCUGCUCGCCUGCUGCUAGAGGCGCUGCAGGCCGGGCCCGAUGGAGCGCGGCGCGGCCUUGGGGUGCUGCGGGCGCUGGGCUGCCACGAGCGGGAUCCCCUCAGCUGGGGCGACCUCCUGGCGGCGCUGUGCCGUGAGGAGCCUGUGCUGCGGGACCCUGGCGGACCCCUGGAGCUGAGGCCGCUGCUGCUGCGCCUGCCCCAGUUCUGCCGGAGGAACCUGCUGUCCCUGCUGAUGGCUGUCCGGCUGUCACUGCCUGAAAGCCAGCUCCUGUCCGUGCUGCAGAUCGCCCAACAGGACCCGGUCUCUACUCCUGAUGCCUGGCUCCAGGUCCUGGGGAGAAUGCUGCAGAGAGACCUUGGGCCCGGCGUCUCCGUGGAGGGAGCCCCUGUGCUGUCGGAAGGGUGCCAGGCGCAGCUCCGGAGCCUCUGUAGGCGGCUGGGCCAGGGAGGCAGGAGGUUGAAGCUGCCUGAGGCUCCAGACCAUGAAGAGGAAGAGGAGGACAGGGACUCCCAGCAGCGUGGGAAACGAAGGAAGGAGCCAGGGGAAAUGACUGCCACUCCUGAGGGAGAGAGACUCCCCAAAAGGUUCCGAAGUGGGGAACGGGAAGAAGAGGAAGAUGAUGACAAGGAGGAGAGACCAGAAGAAGCCCUGUCCUUGGAAUCCCCGGCAGAUGGAGGAAGAGCAUCCCCCAAGAGGGCCCAGCCCAUUGUCAUGGGAGCCGGGCCCUGUGGCGCCGGCCAGAAUCCCGGGCCAGCGGAAGGCCGAGCGGCCAGUGCGGAGUUGCCUGGAGCCCUGCAGGCCCAGGUGCCCAGGCUGCAGCAGCUGCUGAAGACCUUUGGGGAGGGAUUGGAAGGACGGGGGGAUAUCCCCCCGGUUGAGCUGCAGCUUCUCCAUGAAUGCAGUCCCAGCCAGGUGGAGCAGCUGUGUGCCCAGCUGCAGCUCUCCCAACUCUCGGACACCAGCCUCCUGCGUCUGUGCACCUGGCUGCUGGCCCUGUCCCCGGGUCUCAGCAUCAGCAAUGCCACUGUGUUGGCCAGGAGCCUCUUUCUGGGACGGAUCCUCUCCCUGACCUCCUCAGCCUCCCGGCUGCUCAGAACCGCACUGACCUCCUUCUGUGCCAGCUACCCCUACCCAGUCUGCAGAGCCCUCCUCAGCACCGUGCUGCAGGCCCCAGGCACAGGCCCGGCACAAACAGAGUUGCUGUGUCACCUGAUGAAGGAUGAGUCCCUGGAGCCAGAUGCUCAGGCCCUCAUGUUGGGGCAGAUCUUGGAGCUGUCCUGGAAGGAGGAGACUUUCCUGGUAUUGCAGGCGCUCCUGGAGCAGCAGGUGGAGAUGGCCCCUGAGAAGUUCUGUGUCCUGAUGGAGAAACUCUGUGAGCAGGGACUGGCAGCCACCACCUCUGUGGCCUAUGCCAAGCUCGUGCUGACGGUGAUGACCAAGUACCAGGCCAGCAUCACUGUGACCCAGAGGCUGGGCCUGGCUGUGGCCCUGGAGCCCCACGCCACCUUCCUGCGGAAGUCCCUGCAAGCUGCCCUGAGACGCUUGGCCCGCUGACCACCCAUCAGCCGCCUUCCUGGAGCCCCGGCACCAGCUCCUGAAGGACAUUUCUGCCCUUGCUGCCUUGUCCCGAGCCCUGUCCUCAGGCUGCUGCACUCGAAGGGGCUGCUCGGACUGCAGGCACCGAGACUCCGGAGUAAUUUACCCAUCGUAUUUCUUUACUUUUGUGCCGGGGCUCAAACGUGGAACAACUGAGCUAAAUCCCCGACCCUUACCCAUACACAUCGUAUUUAAUAAACGGAGGGCAGCUCAGACCCUGGGGCCUGUGUCAAAACUUCCCGCUCUCCCUGCUCAGGGACAGGGCAUUUGCUUCCCAGGGAGGGGAAGGUUGCAGAGCGUUGGUUCUGAAUUCACUCGCAUACUGUGGGCCAGAACCGUGUGGUGCCAGCCACCGCAGGCCCGUCAGAGGUGACUGUCACACGGGUGAGGCGCUCAGCCACCCCUGGGGGCUUAGGUGCGAGAGACUCAUUGUGGUGCUGAUGAAGGGUUUGGGCAGGCGAUGGCGGAGGGCACCGCAGGGCUUUCCUGGGUCACUCACCCCUCGGGCAGAAGUGGGUGUGCCGCGCCACGGGCCUUGUGUCUCCCCAGCACCUGGCGAGGCUCCUGGUAUGGGAAACACUUCUGUUACUGAAUCCCGGAUCGAGGAGCAUCUGCGAGCCACGCUCCCUGCCCUCCCCCGCUGCAGGUGGGGCCAGGAUCAGAGCUUCCUGGGCACUUCCUAGAGUCCCUGUUACAGCAGGAUGGGGAGGGAGGGAGGUCGGGCCAAGGGAUAAAGCCUGGUUUUGAGAACAGAAGCUGACGCAGAGGACACAGGCAGAGGUCUGAAGGAUGGAUGUGUCGGAAUCACCGCCAGCGGUCUUCACAGUGCUGUAUCCAGGCUGUGACCAGGUGACCCUGCUCCCACAAGACAGGCCCCUUAAGUCAAGAGACAAGAUAGAGAUGACUUUAGUGGGAAAGUUUGGAUCCAGAGGUCGGAAGGCCAUUUUGCCGGAGGGCCGGUGGGCACCUUCUCAUAGCGCUGUAGCUAAAGGACGAGAAUCCAACCCUAAUUCUAAUCUAGCCACCAGAUGCUUUUUCAGUUCUGCAAAUCUCAAAAAAAUACACAGUUCCAUUACUGCGCGAGACGAAGGCCACGCGAGGUUAAAACGGGGUCCGGCACGAGAUCGGGACUCCGUGCUGGGCUUUAGACUCGGCCCCUCAGUUAAGAGCCCGGCGGGCAGCAGCUGGGCAAACGAGGCCAACGGGACCCGAGCACCAUCAGCCCAGCCCACCCCGGCUCUCGCGGCACAUUCCAGCGGCGCCCUCCAGCGGCCGCAUCCGGCAGUGCUCACGGCUGAGCGCUCGAACUAUGCGCUGGAUGUAAGCCCGCGGGAUCGGGGGAUUUCUCGCGAGAGCAGGACGAUUAUUUCUGCGCAUGCUUGAAUUUGCUAAUUUCUUUUCCGGUUGCCGCAGCGCGAGGAACCAUGAGCAGCAAAGUCUCCCGCGACACCCUGUAUGAGGCGGUGCGCGAGGUCCUGCACGGGAACCA